GUGUGUCUGUGUGUGUGAGAGAGUAUUCCUCCCUCUCAGGUUAGAGAACCGGUCUGGCAGCGUUCGGAGUGAAGUCACCUGCAUGAAGAAGGAAUGGAGAAGCAGUUUCACUAAAGAGAGACGGAGGAGCAGGACACACACAUCAGACAUUACAACACAUCACACACUGACUGAGCGUGUUACUCUUACACUGGGACUUCCAUCAAGUUGAUCUCCUGACGGACGUGGAGUCAGUGUGUUGUCCCAGUUGGAGGCAGGCUGUCCCGGGACACACACACACACACACACACACACACACACACACACACACACACACACACGCACACACAUCUGUAAUAACACACAUACACAGACAGAGAGCCGGGAGAGAGGAGGACGUCUGUGCGCGUCACGAUGCCCGUGCGACAGAAAGAUGCUCAGCGAGCGCUGGAGCUGCUGCAGCAGUACCGGGUCAAACUGGGGGAGAGGCAGCAGGACCAGAAUCUGACCAAAGAGGGCCCCGGGGAGGAGGACCACCAGCUCCAGCAGUCCCUGGACAGAGUCAUCAGUGUCUUCCAAAGUCAGCUCUUCAGCGCUCUGCUCGAUAUCCAGGAGUACUAUGAGUUGACCAUCCUUGUAGACAGCCAGUGUUCUGUGGAGCAGACGGAUGGUCCAGGCCUCCCUGCCUCCUCUAACCUGACAGCACAACUCCCUGAUCAGACACAGGCCUCCCCUGCUCCCCUUAGCCCCCCGGCUUCUAGUGGACCAACCCAGCCUUCACCAUUAACCCCCAAACCUAGGUCAAUCAAGCAUCAACCUGCCCCUCCUGUCCCUGGAACACCGAGACAUCCCCCAACAUCCCCCGGUACACCUCAGUCACAGCCAUCCAAAGUCAAAUACCGUGCUCCUCUUCCUCCUGUCCAGUCUGGAUCGUCUACAUCCUCAGCAGCAGAGGCUUCUCAACCCUCUUCUCCCACUGCUGCUGGAGUGAACGGAGUAGAAACCCCCACUGGCUCCAUAAAAACACCUCCUGCAGUAACACUGAAUGGAACAAAGCGACUUCUCACUCCCACCAACUCUGGUGCCUCUUCGGAAACCUCCACCAUCUCUGAGAAUACGCAAAACCUUCCUGCCUCUCCUGACCUAAAGCUGUUGACGGUCUCAGCCCUCAUCUCCAGCACCAUCCAGGGCCUUGUGUCUCCAACCACUCCGGACAAACUCAGCCCCACUGGCACCACUCCCAGCACCAGUCCAGGUCUGAACAGAGUCACAGACACUGCAGUCACCUCUACAGCUCUCACGAACAGAAAGGACCCGGGAUUCGGCAAAGUCACUCCCACCACAAGUCCAACCAGACCCAACCUGGGGAAAUUUGCCUUCAGCUACCUCAGCCCCACAGCUCCUCCUGGGCCUUUGACUAAAAGACCUGAUCUGAGCCCAGGGUCGGUACAAAUCAGCUCCCCAAGCCCCAGUCAUGGUCCAGCCAGCCCCAGGCCAAGCCCGCUGACAAGCCCUCUGACCCCCAUCAAGGCCAACCCCCCUCCGGUGGUGGUCAACGCAGACAGCGUGGACACGCCCCCAUACGUCAAUGGAACCGAAGCAGACUAUGAGUACGAGGAAAUCACGCUGGAGCGGGGUAACUCAGGCCUCGGGUUCAGUAUCGCAGGAGGGACCGAUAACCCCCACAUCGGAGAAGACCCCUCCAUCUUCAUCACCAAGAUCAUACCCGGAGGGGCCGCGGCUCAGAAUGGACGACUCAGGGUGAACGACUGCAUAGUGCGAGUGAACGAGGCCGACGUCAGGGAGGUGACGCACAGCGGGGCCGUGGAGGCGCUGAAGGACGCAGGAGGUCUCGUCCGCCUGUGCAUCCGACGCAGGAGGAGCCUCACUGAGAGAAUCCUGGAUAUCAAGCUGGUCAAAGGGCCCAAAGGUUUAGGAUUCAGCAUAGCAGGUGGAGUUGGAAACCAACACGUGCCGGGCGACAACAGCAUCUACGUGACGAAGGUCAUCGAGGGAGGAGCUGCACACAAAGACGGACGGCUACAGAUCGGGGACAAACUCGUAGCUGUGAACAGCUCCUGUUUGGAGGAGGUGUCUCACGAGGAGGCGGUGGCUGCCCUCAAGUCGACUCCUGACGUUGUGUACCUCCGUGUGGCCAAACACACAUCGCUUUUUAUCAACGACAACUUCCCUCCGCCUGAUGUCACCAACUCGUACUCCCCACAUCAAGACAACCAUAUAAGCCCUUACAUGAGCGGCAGCCAGUCGGUGAGCCCGGCUCCGUUAACCACUCCCAGAUACUCGCCGCUGCCCAGGGCCAUGACCGGAGACGACGAGAUCCCCAGAGAACCCAGGCGGGUGGUGCUGCAGCGAGGGUCCACGGGGCUCGGCUUCAACAUCGUGGGCGGAGAGGACGGAGAGGGAAUCUUCAUCUCCUUCAUUCUGGCUGGAGGUCCGGCCGAUCUGUGUGGGGAGCUGCGGAAGGGAGACCGCAUCCUGUCGGUGAACGGCGUGGACUUGUCCAGCGCGACACACGAGCAGGCGGCCGCGGCGCUGAAGAACGCAGGACAGACCGUGACCAUAGUAGCGCAGUACAGACCAGAGGAGUACAGUCGUUUCGAGGCGAAGAUCCAUGACCUGAGGGAACAGAUGAUGACCAGCAGCGUCAGCUCCAGCUCCACGUCGCUCCGCUCCACACAGAAACGCACACUUUACGUCAGAGCCUUGUUCGACUACGAUGGAAGUGCGUGUGAUCUGAGCGCGCCCAAUCAGGCCCUGCCGUUUCAUUUCGGGGACAUCCUCCAUGUGAGCUCCGCCGGCGAGGAGGAGUGGUGGCCGGCCCGUCACCUCAGCCCCCCGCCCCCCAACUGCCCCGAGGUCGGGGUCAUCCCCAGCCGCAGGAGGGCAGAGAAGAAGGAGCGGUCGAGGUUAAAGACGGUCAGGGUGUCCAGGUCUCAGGACAGAUCGGAUCAGGAUGAUAAAGCCGGUCAGGAGGAGGUUUUACUCACCUACCAACCUGUCAUGCAGCAGGAAGUUAAUUACACGCGGCCGGUCAUCGUGCUCGGACCAAUGAAAGACCGGGUCAACGAUGACCUCAUCUCUGAGUUCCCUGACAAGUUCGGCUCGUGCGUCCCACACACGACGCGGCCGCGGCGAGACUACGAGGUGGACGGCAGGGAUUACCACUUCAUGUCCUCCAGAGAGCUCAUGGAGCAAGAGAUCCAGGAGCAUAAAUUCAUCGAGGCCGGACAGUACAACAACCAUCUGUAUGGAACCAGCAUACAGUCUGUCCGAGAGGUCGCCGACAAGGGAAAACAUUGUAUACUGGACGUAUCAGGGAAUGCAAUAAAGCGUCUCCAGAUGGCAGGCCUCCAUCCCGUCGCUAUUUUCAUUAGCCCACGCAACGUCGACAACAUCCUAGAGAUGAACAAGCGCUUCACUGAGGAGCAGGCGAGGAAGACGUUCGACCGAGCCGUCAAACUGGAGCAGGAGUUCACAGAGUACUUCUCUGGAAUCGUCCAGGGCUCGUCUCUAGAGGAGGUUUACUCGCAGGUGAAGCAGAUCGUGGAGGAGCAGUCCGGUCCGUACAUCUGGAUUCCAACCAAGGAGCGACUUUGAAUAAACACAUCACACACACACACAUCACUCUUUCAAUACUUCCUACUUCUCUAAUUUUCUAUUAUCAGCCUGCUUCCUCUCUCUCUCUCUCUUUGUUUCUCCGGUGCACUCAUCACGACGAACACACACACACACACACACACACACACAUUCACACGAGCACAUGAACUGGGACGAGUGCUGGGACUAUCUGGGACCUGCCAGUUCCUGAAGAGGGAGGAGCUCAAGUCUGUCCAGCAGCCUAUCGGUGGAUCUUCCUACAGCUCGGUUCCUUAAUGUUUAAGGAGGUGGUUUCCAAUCAAGGCGACAUGUACCAUUAUCUGAUUUGAUUUCAUUAUUGUUGUUCUUAUUGUUGUUGUCGUUGUUGUUUUCAUAUUAACGAAGGGUAAUGCAUCAAUGUAUGGGUUUGUAAUGAUAAUAUUGUCACCAAGAGGCAGACUUUUGCACGCUGUAGCUUUAAGAGCAUGUUUUUGGGAGAAAAACUUGAUCUCCUCUUCCUGUCGGACCGUCUUUCCUCAUGGCAUCACUCCUGUUUAGAGUUGCUCUCUCUCUCCCUCGUCUUUUUCUUUCUACCUCUCAUAACCCAUCCCUCGUUCCGUCCUCUCAGAUUUUAAAUAUGAGGUGAAAUCUUUAUAAUGUGCCCAAACCUUUUGGAAUCAAGGGCCAAAAGGAAAGUUUACGUACAAUUACGGUUACGAGAUGUAGAAGCUAAAUAUAUAUAUGAAGAUAUUCUGCAGGUGAAGUUAUUGAAGAUUUCUAAGAUCAGAAUUUAAGUAGAAAACUAAAUUAGAUUAUAUUGUUUUUGAAGGCCGGAACAGAAACUGAGCACAUCAGCCUCAUAAUGGUGAUAAAGCCCAUGUGGAGCCCUGAGCCGUUAUUUAUCAACUCUCUGAGAAUAUAGUAAGAGUAUAUAUUUAAGAAUAACAUUUAUCAAUUUAUCCUAAAAGACUGAUAAUUGGUAAAGGAAGCAGAAUGACCGAAAACACCUGAGUCCACAGCCGAGGAGAGAAGGAACAGGCGGAGCGGUGAGAAAAGAUAAGUUAGUGGGACAUCUACAGGACUUCAAAGCUGCUUUUCAAAGGUAAAAUAAUUGCAUAAAGUUGCUUUAAGAGCAGCUUCUCACAUGUCACUUAACUCUGAGCAGAAACAGCCUAUCAGAGACAUGUAUUUAAGAUAAUAAAUAGAAUAUUAUCGCACUGACAAGUGGAAGUCAAAUGUUUUUCGUUGUGUCCCCUGCGCCUGUUGAAGGAGAUAAUAAGUAGAAGAAAAGGUCAUGUAAAUCUUAUUAAAUGUUCAAAUCAAAUCCAAAUAACAUGUAAUCAUGUUAUUUGAACUCGAUAUGGUUCAUCGUGACAAAAACAUUAUUUUUUAAACUAUUGUAUGUAAGAGUAUACACUCCUUUAUGUCAAAGGAAAUUAAAAUAUAUUUUAGUCUAGUGAAAUAUAAGUGAAUGAUUUUUGGAUUCGUCUUUCACUUAAAUUCAAAAUGUAACUUUUAGCUCCUUGAUAAAAACGGGCAAAGAUCCUCUGAUAAAGAAACUUGAGUAAAUCCCACAGUUUCACUGCCUUUCUCUCCUUCCUCCUCCUCCUCCUCCUCUUCUCUUCUUCACGUCUUCAUUUCCUCCUCUUGUCCUCUCGCCUCCUUUCCUCUCCACAAUCACGUGACAUUAGUUGAGCAUCGAACAGUGUAUCAUCAUCUUCUUCAACACUAUCAUCACGAUCAUAAUCAUCAGCAUCAUCGGUAUAGCUGUCCCUUCUUGCUGUAGUUGCACUAAUGAGGGCUGGUUUCAUAAAAGCAUCUUAGGCUCACAGGUCUGAUACCGUCCCAGUGUUUCUCUGGUAUUUAUCGAUGUGUGACGCAUUCACUUGUCCUUCAGCUGAUUCUCUGCUUUAUAAAACUGGUUUGAAAGCCCUGAAGUGAGGACACGUUUAGCAUUUAGCAACUAAACAGCUAAAUCUUCCCCUCACAAGUGGGUGGUGACCAAAAAUGGAGCUAAAAGAGAGCGAAGUCAACGCCACAGCUUAAGUGAAAAGAUCGACUAUAAUCUGUGUUGUCAAGUGUAACAUUCAAGAUGCUUUUGAGGACACAGCCCACGUAUGGACCUUGUCAGAUCAACCACGACCCAUCUCCACCCUCAACCCCCCCCCCACGGCGACUCCUCCACGCUGACUGGAGACCAGAGACACACAGAGAGGCUGUUCUGUCAGCAGAGCAGCUCCCGGACCCGCGUACUGGAUAGUUUUGACCACGUGUGUUUCAAAAGCUUUAAUAUCUCCUCACUGAAUGUUCAGCUCAACUCCAAUUCCCCCCCUCGCGUGAUCCUCUGUGCGACUCGAGUAGAUCGCUGGUGUUUGUCAGUUGACAGAAACAAACUCUCUGUAUGACUCCGGCUGUGUGCUUCUAGCCAGGGGACCAGGCCACUGUCUGUUAGAGUAAAGCACUGAUGCAAAGAAUAUAUUACAGAGAUGGAUCUAUAUCUAACAUAUUAUAAUAUUUAUCCCUGCUCUAACUGCCUAUUUUGGUACAAAAAUGAAUAAAUAAAAGUCUUUAUUGACAUCUA